AUGUGGCGCGACCGCAUUUCAGGCCAAUCGACUCCCUCCGGAGGUACUCGUAAUCCCUCCUUACCUCGACGUUCUUCAUCUCAACUCUCCCGGGGCCCAUACAACGCCCGUCCCGGCAAUACCUCCAGAACCUCCUCAACCCCAUUGCUUGUAUCCCCAAAUGACUCCACCGCCUCACUUCCGGGAACGCCCCGACCGCCUAAUGGCACAGGAUUAAGGCAGUCCAGUGCUCAGCGACCGCGUCCAGCUGUGGUUCCUGACCCGCUCGAGGUCUUGAAUGAGAUUAUUCGGAAACAGAACCAAGACAAAGACACUUCGCAAUCAUCCCUCAAACACAAUGCACGACCUCAAGAAUUGGUAGAAACGAUCGACUUUGAAGGGUUGAGUCUGGAGGAAUUUGUGGAGAAAGCAGCCUCGAAGCCGGCCAGAAAGUCCCCCGGCAGUGAUGUCAAUGCGCAAACAGUUCAACAAUUCGAGCAGGAACGAGAUAAAUUCCAGGACCUUCAUACGGCCAUCAGCGGUUGUGAUGAUGUCUCCAAGUCAGUGGAGCUGUACUUGAGCGACUUCCAGAAUGAGUUAGGAGCCGUGUCUGCGGAGAUUGAAACAUUGCAAACCAGAUCAACACAGCUAAAUGCCAUGCUCGAGAACCGGAGAAACGUGGAGCGACUGCUUGGACCAGCGGUGGAGGAAAUCAGCAUUUCGCCAAAGGCCGUUCGUGCGAUUGUCGAAGGUCCUAUGGAUGAGAACUGGGUACGCGCUCUGAAUGAGAUUGACGCUCGGACUACAGGCAUCGAAGCCAAGGCGUCUUUCUCGGCUGGCUUCAAAUCAAUUGAGGAUGUGCGACCACUUCUCAUCGAUGUGAAAAACAAGGCAAUCGAAAGAAUCCGAGACUACCUGGUCUCGCAAAUUCGGGCGAUGCGAUCGCCAAAUAUUAAUGCACAACUCAUCCAACAGCAGCGAAUGGUGAAAUUCAAGGACCUAUAUACCUACUUGGCGAAAGUUCACCCAACCCUUAGUGGAGAAAUUUGUCAAGCGUAUAUCAACACUAUGCGCUGGUACUACACAUCCAAUUUUACGCGAUAUCUUCAAGCCCUCGAGAAGAUCAAGGUCUACCCCAGUGAUCGCAAUGAGGUGCUUGGAGGCGAGUCCUCUACAAACAGGACAGGAGGUAUACUCCAGGGCGGCCGAGCUGGCUCUGCCGCACAUGACCCAUUUUCUCUAGGCCGACGAAUCGAUGUCCUUCGAAACGGGAAUCAACCUGCUAUCUCAUCCUAUAUUGCGGAGGAGGAUCAAUCCUAUCAUGGGAUCGAAUUACCAUUCAGGAACUUCAAUGUUGCCCUGGUGGACAAUGUAUCUGCCGAGUACUCGUUUCUCACUGAGUUUUUCUCCCCUUUGACAUUCCAUGAAAUAUCACGCAAGGCUGGAGAGAUAUUCGAACCGGUGUUUACCCUUGGCCGAAACCUGACGAAGAAGCUGAUUGAAAAUACCAAUGAUUCGCUGGGUGUUUUAAUGUGUGUUCGUCUGAACCAACAGUCGGCCUUUGAAUUCCAGCGGCGAAAAGUUCCCGUUGCCGAUUCAUACGUGAAUGGUAUCAACAUGCAGCUAUGGCCUCGAUUCCAGGUUAUCAUGGAUCUUCAUGGCGAGUCACUCAAGCGAGUUGGAUCUAAUACUGGACGUAGUGCAAUGUCCGCUCUUUCCAUCGCAGGUGGAGACGAUUUGAAACAGUCGUCUGCACCCCACUUUCUGACCCAGCGAUUUGGCCAGCUCCUUCAUGGAAUAUUGGUGCUCAGCAGUGAUGCUGGGGACGACGAGCCUGUGUCGAACAGCUUGGCUCGUUUACGCUCCGAAUUUGACUCCCUCCUGGCGAAGCUAAGUCGAAACGGCACUGACGCAAAGCGCAGGGAGCGGUUUCUCUUCAACAAUUAUUCAUUGAUCUUAACCAUUAUUAGUGAUACCCAAGGCAAACUAGCGACCGAUCAAAGACUGCAUUUGGACGAGAUGCUUAAAAGCUGCAACAAGCGUUGA